UAAACCUGAGUAUGUCAGGUGAAUAAUAUGCCUGGCUAAGUCGAGGAGGAGCACCUCCAAUCCCAUGCAUGAAAACAAAUGCAAUUCUGUUCAUCUUGACAUUGAAGACAGACUAUAACCGAAGUAAAUCGUUUUUUUCUCUCCCAACUGCUCCUGCUCUCUCGAUUUCAAUCCUUUUACCCUUAAACCCAUAGCUACUCCUUGUGAUUAGGUUCAAUGGCACCCUCUUUUCUCAGCCCUAUAUCAGUAUACACUUCUUAUCUCCGUCUCUGCUUCACCUACGCCGGCCUCUCACGCCAGGCCAUCGACAUUGACAAUGAAACCACCCUCCACUUCUGGGGCCCCAAUCCUGAUAAUCGAACCUCCACCCACAAACCAUCCCUCGUCUUGAUCCACGGGUUCGGUCCAGUCGCUCUCUGGCAAUGGCACUACCAGGUUCGGUUCUUUUCACCCCAUUUUAACCUCUACGUCCCUGACCUAAUCUUCUUCGGUGAAUCAACAACAAAGUCCUCGGAAAGAUCAGAGAUCUUCCAGGCAAAGUCCGUCGCGAAGUUGCUUGAAAAGUUGGGGGUCAAGAAAUAUUCUAUAGUUGGCACCAGCUACGGUGGGUUCGUGGCGUACAACAUUGCGAGGAUGUGGCCGGAGAGGGUAGAGAAGGUGGUAAUAGCGAGCUCUGGGGUGAACAUGAGGAGGAGUGAUAACGAAAAGUUGAUGAGGAAGUCUAAAGCAGAAAAUAUUGGCGAUCUUAUGUUGCCUCAGAAGGCCUCGCAGAUGAGAGUUUUGAUUAGCCUGGCCGCGUUCAGGCUCCGCAGUCUCCAUAUGAUUCCAGACUUUCUAUUGAAGGACUUCAUUUCUAAAUCGUACACAGAGAAGAGGAGCGAGAAGUUAGAACUUCUCAGUGGAUUAACCAUUGGACGAGAUGAAACAGUAAAUAUUUCACCACUCCAACAUGAUGUCUUGUUAAUCUGGGGAGAAGAAGACACAAUAUUUCCUUUGGCUAUGGCAACUGAGCUCAAAGGGCUGAUUGGGAAGAACGUGAAGCUGGAAACAAUAAAGGAUGCAUCCCAUAUACCCCAAACUGAAAGACCACAAAAAUUCAACUACAUUGUCAGUAGUUUCUUGCGUGGCUCUUCAUGAUCAUGAUGUAAUUGUCUUGCUUUUUAUCUACAUGCAGAACUGGGAUUCUUGCUUCCGUUUGAUUAUAUACUACAAGUCCAAGGACUUCCUGUGCA